AUGCGGAUGAGCUGCAACGGGUGCCGCGUGCUGCGCAAGGGGUGCAGCGACAACUGCGCCAUACGCCCUUGCCUACAGUGGAUUCGCAGCCCGGAUGCGCAGGCCAACGCCACCGUCUUCCUCGCUAAGUUCUACGGCCGCGCCGGUCUCAUCAACCUCAUCACCGCCGGCCCCGAACACGUCCGUCCUGCCAUAUUCAGGUCACUGCUGUACGAGGCCUGCGGCCGCAUGCUGAACCCGGUGUACGGAUCCGUCGGCCUCCUCUGGUCGGGCAACUGGCAGCUCUGCCAGUCCGCCGUCGAGUCGGUCCUCCGAGGCAUGCCGAUCGCGCAGCCGCCGCCCUCCGCUACGGCCGUCCCCCCGCUCCCGACGUGCGACAUCCGCCAUGUCGGCAGGAGAGGCGACCACGGCGCCAGCCCACUUGCCGACCUCCAUCGCCUGGACAACAGCUCGCGCCCCAAGUUCAAGCGACCCGGCGGCGCCGGCCACAGGUCCGACGUCUCUUCCUUCGAGCUCGUCUUCUCCAAGCCCUCUGCCGCCAUGGCGAUCGAUGUGGUCAGGCAGGCACAGCCACUCAACUGGGCGCCGGGAGCACUGAGCCACGAGUCAGCGAGCCACGACGCCGUCCCGCCGGAGAGCGAAGGUCACAGCAACGACACGGCUGACACAGUCGACGGCUCUCAUGUCAGCCAGUCGGAGCCGGAGCCGAGAGCGACCGAGGUGCACGAUGCCGGCCUAGACCUCACAUUAGGUUUGCAGCCUGCGCCGGUGCAAAAGGCCGAGCCAGCAGACAGCGACGGCAGCAACCAUGAUCGGAAGGAGAAGCCGGUGGAGCUCGGCUUGGCGAUCUCAACUUCGGUAGCAGCUCAAUGACCGAUCAAUAUAUAAUCAAAUUUCCAAUGAACAUACUGAUAGAAAUAUAUGGAUCAG